AUGGCUUUCAAAUUCGUCGUACUCGCAGCUGUUCUCGCCUACGCCAACGCUGGCAUCAUCGGCGCCCCAGCUGUCGCAACGUAUUCUGCAGCUCCAGCCGUGAGCACCUCGUACUUCCAACAAGCUUCAGCCCCAGUCGCUUUGGCCCAUGCCGCCCCUGUAGUCUCCACUUACGCAGCUGCUCCAGUCGCAGUUCACGCCCCAGCUAUCGGCGCUUCCCACCAAAGCGUAGAACGCUCACUAGGAGGCGCCCAGUCUGUAUCUCACUACUCCAAAGCCGUGGACAGUGCCUUUUCCAGCGUGAGGAAAUUCGACACCCGUAUCACCAACGAUGGUCUUAGGUACGCUGCCCCUCUUGCUGUAGCCCAUGCUGCCCCUGUGGUAACUAAGGCUGUUGCCCCAGUAUUUACCCAAUACGCUGCCCCAGCUGUGGCUCACGCUCCAGUGGUGUCAACUUACGCUGCUCAUGGCCCAGUUGUAUCAACCUAUGCUGCUCACUCUCCAGUGGUCUCAACCUACGCAGCCCACUCUCCAGUGGUCUCAACCUACGCAGCCCACUCUCCAGUGGUCUCAACCUACGCAGCCCACUCUCCAGUGGUCUCAACCUAUGCUGCUCAUGCUGCCCCAGUUGUGUCUGCCUACUCUGCCGCCCCUGUAGUAUCCAAGACCGCUGUCGCUUAUUCCCCAGCUGCCGUUGUGUCUCAUGCUUCCUUCACCGGACUUGGAGCUUCCUACGCCUGCAAUAAAGAGACCUUCGAGCAGGAGAGGGAAAGUGGACUUCUGGUAGCAGCACACCACUAUAAAAAUCCACCAAAAUCACACAACACCAUCAGUUUCUUGAAACCCAAAGAAGCCAGCACAACCAUGUUCUCCAAAAUCAUUGUCCUCACCGCUGCCUUGGCUUACGCCAACGCUGGCCUCCUGGGUGCCCCUGCCGUAGCAUCAUAUUCUGCCGGUCCAGUGGUCAGCAGCUACGCAGCUGCAGCUCCAGUUGUAUCAGCCUACUCUUCACCACUGGUCUCUGGCUACUCUGCACCAGUCCUCUCCAAGUCCAUUGUGAACACCUACACCAGCCACGGCUCCCCCGUGAUCUCAUACGGCUCCCCCUUGAUCUCCUCAUACGGAGCCCCCGCGAUCUCCUCAUACGGAGCCCCCCCUAUCUCCUCAUACGGAGCCCCCGCUAUCUCCUCAUACGGAGCUGCCCCAGUGAUCUCCAGCUACUCCUCUCCAGUGGUAACCAAGUCAAUCGCACCAGUAGCUUCCCCCUUGAUUUCUAGCUACUCUGCUCCUUUAGUGUCUUCGUACUCGUCUCCUAUUGUGUCAUCAUACUCCGCCCCAGUGGUAGCUAAGUCUUUGGCUGCUCCAGUAGUGUCUACUUACGCCGCUCACGCACCAGUCGUUGCAGGAUAUUCCUCCAACUUGUACUCCAAGUCCAUCGUGAAUGCCUACAGCAGCCACCCAGCUCCACUUGUUUCCUCUUAUGCUGCACCUGUUAUUGCCAAGUCUGUAGCCCCAGUUUGGUAAAUGUUGGCUUCUUU